AUGGGAAACACGGAGAAGCUCUUGAAUCAGAUAAUGGAGCUUAAAUUCACCGCCACUCUCCAACGCCAAGCUAAGAAGUGCGAGAAGGAUGAGAAAUCCGAGGAGCUUAAAAUCAAGAAGGCCAUGGAGAAGGGCAACAUGGACGGCGCCAGAAUCUACGCCGAGAACGCCAUCCGCAAGCGCACCGAGCAGAUGAACUACCUCCGCCUCGCCUCUCGCCUCGAAGCCGUGGUUGCUCGCCUUGACAUCCAGGCCAAGAUGACCACCAUCAACAAGUCCAUGGCCAACAUCGUCAAAUCCCUCGAGUCGACGCUCGCCACCGGCAAUCUCCAGAAGAUGUCCGAGACCAUGGACCAGUUCGAGAAGCAGUUCGUCAACAUGGAGGUCCAGGCCGAGUUCAUGAAGAGCUCCAUGGCCGGCUCUACCUCCCUCUCUACGCCGGAGGGAGAGGUCAACAGCCUUAUGCAGCAGGUCGCCGAUGAUUACGGCCUUGAGGUCUCUGUGGCGCUGCCUCAGCCUGGAAACGAGAAGGUCGACGAGGACGACCUCUCGAGGCGCCUCGCCGAGCUUAAGGCCAGAGGGUAA